AUGUUGCGCCCUCUCCUCGUCUCUCUUGCCGUGUCUACGGCCUUGGGAGCCUUGCUUCCAGUAGCGAAGGAAGAGAAGAAACCAUAUGUGACCUCCACAGGACGUGUUCUCGACAGCAGCAUCGAGCAGUUCGUCCUCGACACCAUCAGCGAGUGGAAUAGCCCGGGCGGGGUUGCGGUCGCAUUUGUGCAGCAGCUAGAGAAUGGGGAAUGGCAAGUUGAGACGCAGGGGUACGGACGCGCCAAGGUCGAUGGGAGUGCGGUCGACGAGAGCACGCUGUUCGCCAUCGCGUCGAAUUCGAAGCUCUUCACGGCCAUUUCUGCCGGGCUUCUCAUUAGCAACAAGUCGCUGGAGACGCCUCUCACCUGGAACACCAAGCUGAGAUCGGUCAUUCCCGAGUGGGAGAUGGCCAACCAUUUCGCUAGUGCGGAGACCACGAUCACCGACGCGAUGUCACACAGGACUGGGCUGCCGCGUCAUGAUUUUGGAUACUCCAAGAACGAGACGCUUCCGUCGUUAAUCCGUAAGCUUCCUCAUCUCAAGCCGUCUGCCGAGUUCCGCACGACAUGGCAAUACAACAAUAUCAUGUAUGGCGCUCUGUCCUACCUCCCAUCUCUCGUGCUGCCAUCGCACCCCCCUAUCGCGCGUUAUGUUAAGGAACAUAUCUUUGACCCACUUGGCCUCAACGACACGACCUACUCCAGCCGAGCGGCCAUCAAGUCUGGCCGCCUCGCCGACGCGUUCACGCGCCAAGUCAACUACACCGGCGAUAUUUUCGCCAAAGGCACGCCUCGCGUCUACCCAUUCUUCAUCGACACGGACGAAGAAGGGGGCUCGCUUCUCCUCGAGGGCAGGAACCCACGCACUAACGCGUCGGUUAUCCCCGCCGAUGUCAUCCGUAAGGUCGCCUCUGGCAUCACGGUCGAUACUGGAGCUGCGCCAUAUCCCGAACUGGGCCCAGUCGUGUACGGCGGCGGGCAGAUGCGGAGCACUUACCGCGGCCAUGAAUAUAUUGAGCACGGCGGCUCGGUUCCUGGCUACCGCACCCAGAUCAUACGCUUCCCAAAUGAGAAGUUUGGCCUUGCUGUCCUCGUGAACGACGACACGUACGGAACCCAAAUGCACGAGGUGAUCAAGUGGCGUAUCGUCGACGCGCAUCUGGGUCUACAGCCCAUAGAUUGGAGUGGUCGCGCGAAAUCGAGACUUCUGAAGGCGCGCGAGGAGAAGCCCAAGCUGCUGCCACGCCCCGAGAAUGCGACGCUCCCCUCCGGACUCGACGGACGGUAUGACAACCCUGGCUACGGUCGAUUCCUCUUCUGUUCGAUGGGUGCCAAAGACGCGGUUUCGCUUCAACAAGAGGACACCCAAACGAAUUUCGCUGGAAAUAAUGCGCAGGCGCUUCUACAGGAUAGGCGCCCGAAGGACGCUCUCGUGUCGGCAAGCAUCGAGGCUUCUGACUGCAGCAAACUCCGCGAGAGUGCAGACGUCUUGCUGCCUGGAGUCAUCGACCCGUCUGUUCCCACCUUGCUCGCCAGGUGGGAUCGCGUAUGGUCUACACACAUCAAGCUGGCGCACUACGAUGGUGGUAUCUUCAAUGUGACCAUCCUCGACAGCGUGCCGACAGGAAACGCGUCCGAGCCCUUUUGGGUGGGUGGAACGGAUGAAGACCCCGACCUAGCAAGUGCGUGUGGCGCCGUCCUAGCCCAAGUCACGAUACUAACGAUUUCUGUGCCUCUUCUUCUCGUGUUGUCUCGCGCACUACGUAUCCCUUCGUCCGCUCUACGCACCCUCGCGCACGCCUUCGCCAUCCACGUCUUCUCCCAAAGACGCGGAGUUCGCCUUCGAUGUGCUGGUCAGGGCGCGCUCGCCCCUCGUUUUUCCGCUGAGACAGCAGCUGACGGUCAGCGCGAAGUCCGCCCGGCGAACUCCGCAGCCUUCGGCCGCAAGACGGCGACCGACUAUCACGACACCAUCCCGUACUCUGUCAGACAAGAUGCCGGCGUCUCCGCAUACCGCGCUCGCGCUGGCGUCACACCUCAUCGCCGCUCUAAUAUGCGCUAG